GUGCCGAGCAGAGCUGGCAGUCACAGUUGCGCCCUGGAUUGUAGCAGAGAGCGAGCAUCCCUCUUGCAGCCUGUUACCCCCCCACCAUGGACGUCAAGCUGCUGGCGCUGAUGGCUCUGAUGGCCGUAGCCACACGUGUACCAGCCUCCAACGCAAAGCCCAUCAGUCUGGUGGAGCGGUGCUGGUGUCGGUCCACCCUCAACACGGUUCCUCAGAGGUCCAUUAAAGAACUCAAGUUCCUCCACACACCAAACUGCCCCUUUCAAGUCAUUGCCAAGCUGAAGAGCAACAGGGAGGUUUGCAUCAACCCCGAGACCAAGUGGCUGCAGCAGUACUUAAAGAACGCCAUUAACAAGGUGAAGAAAUCUAGAAGACGCAAUAACAAGAAAAACUAAACACAAGGGAAGGCGUGUGCGUCGUCAGGCACGGCCUCCCCCACAAGAACCUGUAUACCUCCCUGUCACUGCUACGGAUGUAUGGACACACGCUGUAUGUACCCGUCCACCUCUCUGGACCGCUUGCAGAACCAGCACUUCACUGCCAAACUGUGCCAUGUUGCGACACCGAGCCGGGUCCUCCUGGACACACACACACGCAGUCAUCUCCCACUAUCUAUGUCAAGUGCAAUCAUGCCUGGAGAUGACGGGACGCGUGCUGCUGUCAGAAACGUGUGUGUGUGUGUGUGUGUCUGAGCGCUGGGCACGAGAGAGAAAGUGUGUGUUUGAAUGUGCAACAUAUGAACUAACUCUUGCUGUGCGUCUCUAUAUAAUAUUUUCUUACUUAACACAGCCAUAGAGGACGAAUUUGAGCUUUCAGUCCGACGCAAUGCUUUGUGGGUAAUGCCAUCUUUACGUCAUGGGAAAAUAUAUUUCAGUCUCCGAGAAGGAAUAACAUCGUGUUUUACGUUUGCACGUAGGUAUCCUGAUACGUAAAUGUCAAUUAUUACAGAGUAGAUUAAUUCACAAACCCAAAGGUCAAUCUACUUAUUUUCAUUUUAUUUCAACAAAUAUCUACCUUUUUUAAUGUAGAUCUUAAUCUCCUGAGAAAAACACCUACCUGCAAUAGAAGUGUCAAAUGAGAAGUUUACACUGAUAAGAAGUGAAAGUGGCAUUAGUCCAUAACGCAGAGGUCAAGGGUCAGAAACAAUCAGGGUGGUCGUGCUACAGCAGAGUUGUGGAUUUCCUUCGCGCUUGCUUCAGCAUCAGGAACAAAACAGACGGAAGCUCACACUCACUGCAGAGAAGCCUGCACUGACCUUGUGGUGCUAUAUACUCAGUAUAAGGCGUGAGAGCCAUCGACAUUAUUAUACUUCACUGUUUAUUAUAUGCAAAACUUAAUAUGGGAUUUUGUGACAACUAUGUCUCGUGUGAAAUGUAUGUUUUUUUACCUUUCAAUAAGUGCUGUUUUUAAAGUCUGAUCUUGAAAAUGAAAUACAAAGCUAAGGCCAUGGCGUAGUGAUGAAUACUAUGAGGAAAUGAACCGCUUAUCAAUGCAUCAUUUUUGGUUAUCAAACAGAUCAGUGAACAGAAACCAAAUAUCUAAAGGGUAAAACGUCUAACAUGAAGAAAUCUCAUCGAAGGGACUAAAUGUAAAUGGAGAUUACCACUUUUUCAUACCAGCACCUAUCCUAAAAGCUAAAACCAUGAAACAGAUAAAUGAUAAAUGUAACAAUGGGAGUGUUCACUGUGGAAAAUAAGAACCUUUUUGAUUAGUCUUUUUAUAUACAUUUGAGCCACUUUAUUAUCAGAGGUAUCAUUUUAAAUGUAACUAUUUUAUUUUUAUAUUGUGCAUAGACUUACUAAAUGCGUUUUAAUGCAAUGUACAGUAGGAAGUAGCUACUAAAUGAAGGCUAGCUCAGAACAUGUAAGAAACAGUAUUAAGCUUCAUUUUUCCGAUGUCAUGCAAUAAACAUGUAAUACUUUUGGACACCUGUAUUUUAACAAUGUUGUGAAGCAUCAGGCAAUCAAGUCAAAUAUCAUAUCCUUGUUUUUUUUUCUGUAUUGUUUCCAUAGCAACGCUUACAUGGAUAAAACUCUGUUACGGUCAGCACACUGAUUGAAAACAAACGCCGCUGUCAUUGCUUCACAUGUGGCAGGAAACCACUCGGCCCACCAGUCGCCCCCAUUGAGCACCUGACUUCUUAUAGUUACACACAGUUGAUGUAUGAUGUGUAAAUAGAGCCACUGAGCCAAAAACCAGUUAAGAUCCCAGCCACCAACAUGUGCUUUUAAUCUGGACACUCCCAGCACCCCAGGGGGCUUCCUCUUAAACUUUCACUCAACUGCUGCCAUGUCGCAACAUUUAUUCCCGCUAAAUUGUAAUGUAAGUCCUGUUGUGGUCAUUUCCAAGGGCUGUGUUUCGUUCUAUUUUACACAGGCUUUGUGCCGCUUCCCUGAUCACAGGUGAAACUCAUAUCAAUGUGCAGUUAAUUUGCAGCUAAUGGUGCAAUAAUUCUUUUGCAAUUGUCUUUCAUUUCCCAUUAAACUAACAGACAUUAAUGGAGACUUGUUUUAUAUUGUUAUACUCAUUUGUUUAAACCUUGCUGAAAACGCACUGAUAUGCAAUGAUAAAAUUCUAAUUGUAUUAAUUGUGUAAAUUAAUUACAAAACCGCCAUCUAUUUCCAAAUUACUUUAGAGUUGGAUUGAGAAAAACAUAGCGUUGUUAUUCCUGUAAACCGUUCUAAUAUAAAACAUAACAGUUAUCUCAAUAAAGGGAACACACCUAUUGCAUUAUGUGAGAUCAGGUAAUAAGUUCAUUAUAUGUGUGUGUUUAUUGUCUCUCGCAUUGAACUCUCACUGCUGAGAAUAUUUAGUGUGACUAAAUAAUGUCACACAAUUACAUUGAGCAUUUACAGCACGUUUUUGUGUGUUUUACUUGGACCAAAUACAAAUUCAGGUUCACAUUGAUCGUAUGUUAAUGAAUCACCCAAAAUGUGUGCAUGUCUUCUACCUGGGACACAGAGACAAUGUGAAAUAUGUUUCUUUUGAGGCAGCUUCUGACAAACAUCCUUCAUAUAUGUGAGAUGUGUACCGUCCUGCUUUUUUCGCUGUGAUACUCAAGCUCUUCUUAAAUAAAGUAUUUGUUGGAAUGGAGUCAGUCGCAUGUCUGUAUUUCAUCCAUCGAAAACCUA